AUGUUUGCUGCUAGAUUUGAUCCUGGAACGACUAGUAAGCCCGUAAAAACUCUAAACUCAGAUAGAGAUGACGAGAGUUAUAGUGUGAAAUGCAGCACUGAGGUAGUCACAUCCAGCUCAGCAGGUAUUGGUGGAAAAAGAAAAUAUGAAAGUUUCCCGAAAACUAUUCAAGAUAGUACUAGAAAGAGAAAAGUCAAAGGAGGCAAGACGAUCAAAUGCAAGAAACCUAAGACAAAAGAUUUACGCUCAUCUGAAUGUAACGAAAGUGUACUCCCUGUCGAUCCUGAUGAAGAUACUAGAUCAAUGAUUGAAGUAGAGAAUGAGCAUACGCAAGCGCUUGAAACACAUCAAGGACAAAAGAAGACUGAAGAAAUUAGGGAUGGUGCAGGUGAUCAAGUUGACAUUAAACACUUAAAAGUUUUUCAUCGGUUUCAACAAACAAUGAAACUAAAGGGACGCCAGAAACUCUAUCAGCCGAAUGAAGGACAGGAAGAAAAAGUAAAAGAUCAUAUGUUACAACAAAAAGAGUCUGAGAGACAUGACCUUAUUUCAUUACCACAACCUGAACUUCCUCAAGAUAAAGUUCUUUCUUCUUUGGCUACACUAAAUCAAAAAAUCGACUGGCUUGCAAAACCUAUAUAUUAUACAACUAGAGCUACACUUCCCUUCCAGAAACUUAACUUGCCCCCUUCUUUAUUGAAAAAUAUAUUGCAGAAAUUUGGAUACAAAGAAGCUUUUAGUGUGCAAAUUUCUGUUAUCCAAGCGCUGCAACAUGAUAUCAAACAGACCAGGAUCUCUAAUAGCAUACCAGGCGACCUGUUGGCAAAUGCACCGACUGGAUCAGGAAAGACUCUAGGCUACUGUGUACCUAUUGUCCAGGCAAUACUUGGGAGACGGGUAUCCAGUAUAAAAUGUAUUAUUCUGGCACCUACCAAGCCAUUGGUAUCCCAAGUUUAUUCCACUUUGAAUCAGCUAUGUACGGGCACGGAUUUAAAUGUCAUGGAGUUGAGAAAUGAUACUGUUGAUAAUGAGAAAAUGAGACUUACCAGCUACGAAUUACCGAAUUAUCCAGAUAUAAUUGUUAGCACGCCAGGUAGGCUUCUUGAACACCUCAAUGCUAAUCGAUUGAAACUGCAUUGUUUGCGUUUCCUUGUUGUUGACGAAGCUGACCGAAUUUUACACUCUACUUCUUUCGAUUGGUGCGCUCCAUUGUUACGGAAAAUCAACAAUGAUCGGUCUACAAGUUACGGUAAAUCCGGGAAGUCUUUGUCUGCUUUAAACUUGAGUGUAGUCCCUUGCCAAAAGUUAGUAUUUUCUGCCACUUUAACUACCGAUGCUGAAAAACUGUCCCAUUUGCAGCUGUACAGACCAAGACUGUUAGUUGUUAACGAUCAUGGAGUAGAAUCAGGGAAAGACGGUUCCUCAGAACUGUACCAGCUCCCUCCCUCAUUGGAUGAAUUAUCUUUAACUCUCUCCAAUACUGACGGUGUUGAAUUCUUUAAGCCACUGAUUUUGUUUAAACUUUUGACAGAAUAUGUGUACCGAGCACGUAUGGGAGACAUGAAUGUGAGUGUGCCAUUCAAAGCAAAUGUUCUUGUCUUCAUUCGCUCUAAUGAGGCUAGUGCUAGAAUGGAAAAAUUGCUAGACUUAUUGGCUGAAGCCUUUCGCAAAAAGCUUAGAGUUAAAUCUGUGAAUUCACUAUUGGAUCCAGAAACCCGAGAGCGGCGUUUUCAUGACUUUACAAGAAAUAAGAUAGACGUUUUGGUGGCAACGGAUGUAAUGGCAAGAGGAAUGGAUUUACCCAAUAUUAACCACGUCAUAAAUUAUGAUCUUCCUGGUUCUACACGCGAGUAUGUCCACCGCGUUGGUAGAACUGCCAGAGCUAAUAAAUUUGGCGUUGCCACAUCAUUUGUGCUCGGAGACGGCGACAGGCAAUGGUUGCGAAGGUUAACCCAAAGUGGUGUCAUCAAUCGAAAUGGUAAGACUUUGAACGAUAUACCUGUCACCGAGGAGAUUGAGACAAGGCUAGAAACGUCAUAUCAGGAUACCAACAUGGAAGAAGACGGGAUCCCAAAAUUUCUACUCGCAUUGACAGAACCAGAAAAACUGAUUUACACUGAGGUUCUAGCAGAGCUGGGAUACGAAAUUAAACAGCACAAGUCUUAA